GAAUGGGGGUCUGACCAGAAUGCUUCUCUCUCAGUUUAAAAGGCCUUUUAUCCUCCUCUCUCUUUCUUUCCCACUCUCUCUCUAGCUCGGAUCGUCUGUAGGGUCUAGGUGAGGAGAGCAGGCGCCUGACCUAUCAGUGGCAGAGGGGCUUUUCGGAACAGAAGUGCCAUCAGGUUGGAACACAAGGAGACAGGUUCCGGAACAGUCUUCAAAGUGGACAUCCUUUCAUUCCCCUUUAUUGAAUGUGCUGGGUUCCAACGAGGCAAUUUGUGUGAGCUGGUGCUGAAGGCUCUGGUGGCGUAGCUCUAAACGGUCUGGUCUGCUAAAGGGCCCCUACACUGUUUUCCAGAUUUGGCCAGUCUUUGUCCCGAUAUUCCUAAAGCUGAGUCCAGUUAAGAGAGCCAAACAUGAGUACUAAAAGCAUUCUAGGCUGCCUCUUCCUGACACUCCUUUUCAGCCUCUGCCAAUCUGGGCUGGUGAGAAAAAUACUUAGGCAUAAACGGGCGACUUUGACAGCCCCGGGCAGAGACAACAUAACCCUCCCCAGUGCUGACCAGCCAGUGGUCUUCAACCACGUCUACAACAUCAACGUCCCCGCUAGCUCCUUGUGCUCAGUGGACCUGGAUGCGCCAGGAAGUACCAGCCUCGAGCCCCAGGACGCAGUUCCGCCAUCAGGCCUCCACACCACCGAACAUACCAUGGAUGGGCAGAACCAGAUUGUUUUCACCCACCGCAUUAACAUUCCUCAGCAGGCGUGUGCAUGCACCGAAGGGUUCCCGGAUUUGAAGGACCUCCUGAGCAGGUUGGAGAUGCUGGAGGGAGAGCUGUCCACGCUGAGAGAUCAGUGCACUACUGGUGACUCUGGCUUCUGCAGCGCUCAGCCAGUCACAGGUGAGGUGGGGACCAAGCCUUACUGCAAUGGCCGUGGCAACUACAGUGCUGACACCUGUGGCUGUAUUUGCAAGCCUGGCUGGAAGGGACCCAACUGCACUGAGUCUGAAUGCCCCAAUGACUGCCAGGACCAAGGUCGAUGCGUAGACGGGAAAUGCAUCUGCUUCGAGGGCUUUGGUGGGAAUGACUGUUUGCUUGAGGUUUGCAAAGUGGACUGUGGUGAGAACGGACAAUGCAUUGGCGGGGUCUGCAUCUGUGCCGAGGGUUUCACUGGAGAGGACUGUUCUCAGACGGACUGCCUGAACAACUGCCUAGGCCAUGAAAAGUGUGUAGAUGGGGAGUGUGUGUGUGAAGAGCCCUGGACGGGUUCUGACUGCUCGGAACUCAUCUGCCCCAACGACUGCUAUGACCGUGGACGCUGCGUCAAUGGAACCUGCUACUGUGAAGAAGGUUUCACCGGGGAGGACUGUGGGGAGACAACCUGCCCCAGCGACUGCAUGAGUCAUGGUUUUUGUGUGGACGGCCAGUGUGUCUGCAGCGCUGGCUACACCGGAGAGGACUGCUCCAAGCUCACCUGCCCGGGUGAUUGCAAUGAUAGAGGUACCUGCUUCAAUGGCAUGUGUAUCUGCGAUUCUGGCUACCAAGGAGAAGACUGUAGCCAGCUGGCUUGCCUCAACAACUGCCACAACAGGGGGCAGUGUGUCAAUGGGCAUUGCCACUGCGACGUAGGCUACCAGGGAGAGGACUGCUCUGAGCUCUCCUGCCCCAAUAACUGCCUCAACCGGGGCCGCUGUGUCAACGGACAGUGUGUAUGCGAUGAAGGCUUUGGUGGAGAGGACUGCAGUAUUAAGACCUGCCCCUCGGACUGCUACGGCCGUGGAGACUGUGUGGACGGCCAGUGUGUCUGCUAUGCUGGCUUUACUGGUGAGGACUGCAGCGAGCUGAGCUGCCCCAACAACUGCCUGAAUCGCGGACGCUGCGUUGACGGGCAGUGUGUCUGCGAUGAGGGCUUCACAGGGGAAGACUGCAGUGAGAAGCGCUGUCCCAAUGACUGCCUGGGCCAGGGAUACUGUGUGGAUGGAAAAUGUGUCUGCCAGGACAGCUAUGCGGGUGACGACUGCUCUGGACUCACCUGCCCUGAUAACUGCAACAACAGGGGGCGCUGUGUUAAUGGGAAGUGCAUUUGUGAGGAGGGAUACGUGGGAGACAACUGUGGAGAGCUGAGCUGCCUCAACAACUGCCAGGACAAAGGCCGCUGUGUAAAUGGACAAUGUCUCUGUGAUGAGGGAUACAUCGGAGAAGACUGCUCAGAAGUUUCCCCUCCAAAGGACCUGACUGUAACAGAGGUCACCACUGAAACAGUGGACCUGACCUGGAAUAAUGAGAUGCUGGUGACAGAGUAUCUGAUCACUUAUGUGCCAAAUGGUCCUGGGGGUCUGUAUCAGGAGUUCACAGUGGGCGGAGACAAGACUGCUGCCACUGUCAGCGAGCUAGAGCCUGGCAUCGAGUACCUGAUCAACGUCUAUGCCAUCCUCAGCAACAAAAAGAGCAUCCCAAUCAGCGCCAGGGUGGCCACAUAUCUGCCAGAACCAGAAGGUUUGAAGUUUAAAUCUGUGAGGGAGACCUCAGUAGAGGUGCUGUGGGAUCAGCUGGACAUUCCUUUUGAUGCCUGGGAGCUCUACAUCCGCAACACGAAAGAGGAGAGUGGGAAAACCCUGACCACCCUUCCAUCCUCCCAGACCUUGUAUGAGCAGUCAGGGCUAGGUCCUGGUCAGGAGUACGAGGUUUCACUGGGCGUCAUCAAGAACAAUACCAGGGGACCUCAGUCUACUAAAAUCAUCACUACCAGGAUUGAUGGGCCCAGGCAGGUAGAGGUGCGUGAUGUGACAGACAGCUCGGGCUUGGUCACCUGGUUCCAUCCCGUGGCUCAGGUGGAUGGUGUCACCGUGUCCUACGGCCCCAGCUCCGACCCCACAGAGAGGACCAGCGUGGACCUGUCCACCUCAGACAAACAGUACAGCAUUAACAGCCUCAGCCCGGACACUGAGUACCAGGUGUCCCUGGUCUCCAGGAGGGCAAACAGCACCAGCGAUCCAGUCACUGAGAUAUUCACCACAGAUCUGGACUCUCCCAAGGACCUGCAGCCACUGGGCCAGACAGACAACAGCGUCACACUGGAGUGGAGAAACAGCCGGGCAGACGUUGACAGCUACAGGGUGAAGUACAGCCCUAUCUCUGGGGGUUCCCAUGGCGAAGAGGUGUUCCCCCGUGGGUCAGGAGACAACACUCAGGCAACUAUCACUGGAUUGAAGCCGGGUACAGAGUACGGAAUUGGUGUGACCGCCAUGAAGAACGAGAGGGAGAGCCUGCCUGCCACCACAAACGCAGCAACCAACCUUGAUGGGCCCAAGGACUUGGAAGUGAGCGAGUCCACAGAGACCAGCAUGACCCUGGUGUGGAAGAGACCCCGAGCCAAGAUCCCCGUCUACAGGCUGGUGUACAUCUCCAAGGAUGGCCGGAGGGAGGAGGUGGAGGUCCCUGGAACAGCCACCUCCUACAAUCUAAACAACCUGACCCCCGGCAUGAUGUACACCAUCACCCUGGUUGCUGAGAGGGGCUCAAAGAAGAGCACACCUGCCACCCUGUCCGCAUCUACAGCCUCUUUCACGUUUUACAUAGCCAACCCGGUCCCUGAGCUUACCACUCCCAUAGGCUCGGAGGACAAUAUCAUUAGUUUUGUGUCGUUAGACUCCUCUGACCCAGACCUACAGAUCUCAGGGAUGGGGCUUGAGCUCGAGGAUAAGCUGGGAGAGCUGACUGUCUCAGUUGUAACGUCCGAAGGAUUUGAACUUUCGUGGGAACCAAAAACACAUGUUGUCUAUGAUAGUUAUAUUUUAGAAUGUAGAGACACUCUGGGAUUAUGGGAUGUAAAAGAGGUCCAUCUCCAUGGAGAUGCCAAAGGUUCUAGAUUUCAAGGCCUGAGGGAAUCCACAGAAUAUCGAGUAAAGCUUUACGGAGUAAGCAAUAGCCAAAGAUCCUCUCCGCUUGAAGCAGUCACAGUUACAGCACCCAAGUCUACCUCUACUGAUGUAGUCGCUCUGAGUGUCAAAAGUGCUCAGACGACACAGUCUCCUGACACAGGAGCUGUUCAUCCAACAGUCCUUCCCCUGGCUCCUCUGAUCACAGAGGGGCCUACGUCUACAUCUCUGUACCCCACGGGGCACAUCCCCUCUGGGGCUGAACCUGAACCAGAGGGCUCCAGCCUGGAGACGCUAGGGGACCUCAAUGUCACAGACGUGAGCCCCACUAGCGUGAGGCUAGCCUGGUCAGCCCCAGAUGAAGCCUUUGAUAGCUUUUUGGUGGAGGUGAAUGCUCUGUCAGGGAUGGCACAAGCUCAUGUGACCACGGUACCAGGAAGUGCCAGGAAGACCCUUAUAGAAGGCUUGUCCCCUGGGACACGUUAUGAGGUUUCGUUGUAUGGGAAGGUGGAGGGGGAGCAGUCUCUGCCUCUUCAUGCUUUUGCCAAUACAGAGGAGCUGAGGCCUGUGGUGACCAACCUCACAGUCUCUGACGUGACAUGGGACAGCUUCAAUGUGCACUGGACUCCCGAGGACGGGGAGUUUGAGAGCUUUGUCAUUGAGGUGACAAACUUAGAGGGAGGUCCAGAGAGUGAGAACCUCACCCUGUCGGCUGAUGCCUUAAACCUGGGCAUUUCUGGCCUGAGUCCUAACACUUUGUAUAGGAUUGGCCUGUACGGGCUCCACCAGGGCUCCUUCCAGGAGCCGGUGUAUACUGAAGUCACUACAGUGAGCGAGCCAGUGGUUGGCAAUCUGUAUGUAUCUAAUUUAACGUCAGAGAGUUUCUCCAUCUCCUGGAAUGGCACUGAGGGAGAGUUUGACGGUUAUGUCCUGGAGAUUAUUGAUUCAGAUUGGCUGAAGGAGCCAAAGGAAUAUAACAUAUCCCAGAAUGCAAUGUCUUAUGACAUCACAGGGCUAAAGCCCAGCACUGACUAUAUAGCCUACCUCACUGGGAUUGUCAAGGGAUCACGAACCCAUGCUGUCAGUAUUAUUGCAUCAACAGCUGCAGAGCCUGACUUGUCCAGGCUAGUUGUUUCUAACGUUACCUCAGACAGACUUUCACUGUCAUGGAGGACGGGGGAGAAGGCUUUUGAUAACUUUAUAGUAGAAGUCAGAGAGUCUGCUUUGCCCUCGCAGGCCAUGGGCCGCACCCUGCCUGGAGCGGCUCGCGCCACAGUUAUGACUGGCCUCAAAGGGAGUACAACCUACGACAUCAAACUGUACGCCAGCUCCGCUGGACAGAAUACACAGCCCCUAUUCGCUGUAGUCACCACAGAGGCAGUCCCACAGUUGGGCCCAAUAGCUGUGUCUGAAUCUAGCCCCGAUAACUUCACCCUGUCCUGGGGCACAGUGGCUGGUCACUUUGAUGGCUUUGUCAUCCGGGUCGGUGACCCUGAACAGCUGUUUGAUACACUGGAGUUUACGCCGUCUGGCGAGGUCCGUAACAUUACAGUCACUGGCCUAGUGGACGCCACUGAUUAUGACAUUGAACUGUACGGUAUUUCUCAUGGGCGCCGCACCCCUUCCGUUUUAGCCCAUGCCGUCACAGCAUCAUUACCCAAAGUGGAAAACUUGACCAUUUCGGAGAUCACCCCAUUCGGCUUCCGCGUGUCCUGGAGGGCGCAUCAUCCUCAACAACAGGAAGGGGCUCCCUCUACUGUUGGCUUCGGCCACUUUCACAUAGUGGUGUCAGACUCAGGCUGGCUACUGGAACCUCAGGAGUUCACUGUCCCUGGCAACCAGAGCUUCUUGGACAUCUGGGGCCUGAUCACUGGCAUAGGCUAUGAGGUCAGGCUGACUGGGGUAUCCAGUACUGGGCUGGUCUCCCGCCCACUGACCACAGUGGCUGUGACAGAGGCUGAGCCAGAAGUGGAGCACAUGUUUGUCUCGGACAUCACUUCAGACAGUUUCCGCCUGGCCUGGACCGCGGAUGAAGACAUGUUUGAUAGAUUUGUGAUCAAAAUUAAGGACUCCACAAAGUUUGCGCAUCCACAAGAAGUCAACGUCCUUGGUGACGAGCGAACCAAGGUUUUAACGGGACUCACCGGCGGCACCGAGUACGAAAUCGAGCUGUACGGUGUCACUUUGGAACAGCGCUCCCAACCGAUUACCGGUGUUGCUCGAACAGGCCUGGGCGCUCCAAGAGGCAUCCGCUUCUCUGAAGUGACUGAGUCCUCGGCCAUAGUCCAUUGGAUCAUGCCUCGUGCCAGAGUGGAUAGCUACCGCAUCAUCUAUGUGCCUCUCCAAGGAGGCAGCCCAAUGACAGUGCUAGCAGAUGGGACUGAGACCCAGGCCUUGUUGCCUAACAUGUUGCCAGGAGUGACCUAUCAGGUCACCAUCUUUGCUGGGAAGGGCCUGGAGGAGAGUGACCCGGGGUCAGAGAACAUCACCACAGCUCUGGACAGGCCUCAAGCUCUUUCUGCUGUCAACGUCACUGACACGACCGCCCUGCUGCUAUGGCAACCAGCUCAGGCCACCGUCGAUGGCUACGUCAUCACCUACAGCGCAGAUUCAGUGUCCCCAGUGAUGGAGCACGUUUCUGGGAACACGGUGGAGUUUGAGAUGGGCUCCCUGGUCCCUGCCACCCACUACACAGUUGGGGUGUACGCCAUGAGGGAGGCACAGAAGAGUGGCACCAUCACCACUGAAUUCACAACGGAUGUGGAUUCUCCUCGUGACCUGGCAGCCAGUAACGUCCAGACAGACAGUGCCACUCUCACCUGGAAGCCUCCGCGUGCCACCAUCACCGGAUACAUCCUCACCUUCACCUCACCCGACGGCAAAGUCCGGGAAGUUGUCCUGAGCCCUACAGCCACAUCGUACAGCAUGAGUGAGCUGAGUGGCUCUUCAGAGUACAGCGUCAGGCUACAGGCCAUCGCUGGAGCCCAGCGGAGCCGCCAUGUCACCAAUGUCUUCACCACCAUUGGAGGGUUAUACAGAUACCCUAAGGACUGCUCGCAGGCUCUGCUGAAUGGAGACACAAUCUCUGGCACCUACAACAUCUACCUGGGAGGGGACGAGAGCCAGCCCAUCCAGGUCUACUGUGACAUGACCACGGACGGAGGUGGAUGGAUGGUGUUCCUGAGGCGCCAGAAUGGAAAUCUGGAGUUCUUCAGGAACUGGAAGAAUUACACCGGUGGCUUUGGGGACAUGAAUGAUGAAUUCUGGUUUGGUCUGGCCAACCUCCACAAGAUGACGGCAUCAGGCCAGUACGAGCUGCGUGUGGACCUGAGGGACAACGGGAAGUCGGCCUACGCUCAGUAUGACAAGUUCACCAUCGCAGAGCCACGUAGCCGCUACAAGAUGUACUUAGGAACAUACAGCGGCACAGCAGGUGACUCUAUGAUCUAUCACCAUGGUCGGCCCUUCUCCACGUACGACAAUGACAACGACAUUGCAGUAACCAACUGUGCACUGUCCUAUAAGGGUGCCUUCUGGUACAAGAACUGCCAUCGUGUCAACCUCAUGGGAAAAUAUGGUGACAAUAGUCACAGCAAGGGUAUCAACUGGUUCCAUUGGAAGGGACACGAGCAUUCAAUCCAGUUCGUCGAGAUGAAGAUUAGACCCAUCAACUUCAGAAACGUUGAAAGCCGACGGAAAAGAUCAUAGACUUAAUACCUGUACAUGCUUUUAUUGUGAAGAUAUUUGGUGGAGGGUUUGGAAUGGUCAGAAUAGGCACUUUUGUGUGUUUGAUUUGUUUUAUUGUUUGUGUUCAUUGGAAAAUGUUCAAGCCAAAUAUGGCUCCCUAUAUUAUGUCCAAAGAUAUUUGAAUAUGCCAAUUAAGAAUAAGGCAGUUUGAUUAUGAAAUGUGAAACAAUGAAAGGAGAUUUCAGUUACUCUUAUUUUUAUGGUGAAGGUAAAAAGAGUCCUACUGUAAGUUUCACUCUCGCUCUUAUGUCCUAUUCUCCCACACUGUUAUGUUCUCUUUCUGGCAGUUGAUUAAAAAAAACUGUAUGAGCACCGUUAAGCUUUUCAACUAGGCACAUGGAAAUAAUAAUGUGGCUUGAUGCCACAUCCCUCAGUCUCCCCAGACAUUAAGGGACGGGGGAAAUAAAGCUAUCGAGGUUAAAGGAAAAUUCCACUCAAAAACUAUAUUUUCGUCCACUGUUGAUACAGUCCUACAAUGUUUUGCAUGUCAGCAGAUACGUUUUCAAGAUAUUGGACUUUCAAGAAGCAAAGUGUCACUUGCCACAUCAGCAUAAUGAUGUAAAAUGCAUCAUAUGAUGCAAAAUGCAUCAUUAUGAUCAUGUGACAAGUGACACUUUGCUUCUUGAAAGUCCAAUGUCUUGAAACCUUGACUGCUGACCUGCAAAACAUUUUGGGACUGUAUCAAAGGGGGACGAAUAAAAAAAAUACAAAAAAAGAGUUUCCUUGUAUAGACCUGAGUGUAGGACUGACUAAACUGGGUAUCAUUUGUUUCAUAUUGAGUGAUUGAUAUUUCAAAUGUCAUUUUAUAUUAUUUUCAACCUAUUGGAAUUCAUGAACAGUGUGUCCACAUAUACAACAAAGCAGGAAAACUAUUCUUGAGAAGAUUAUGGUAGUGAUUUUAACCACUGACAUCAUUGAAUACCGGUUUAAAUUAUGCUUGACAUUUUUUUUCCAGCUGAAUGAAAAACAGAUGUCUAUAUGAAACCCUCAAUACAAUAAAAUAUACUUUGUUAAAA